AAACGUAGGCCGUGCGUCAGUCUGGUGGUAAAAAUUGGAGUACGACGUUGCUCCUUCACGAUUCGUGAUCGGUCUUCAGCAUUUAGUAUUUGCCGAACUCUCGCUUCGUGAACGUCCACGUCCGAUUAAAUCGAAUCUUUGAAAUACAAUUUCGAAUUCCCUUCCAAGAUGGCAUUCAAUAAGGGUUUUAUUCUUAAACUGUUAGAGUUGAUAGUGGUGUGCAUUCUUAUAGGAUUACAUUAUCACUCUUUCAGUGAUAGUAGCAUAAAUAGUGCGAUGAUUACAAUGGGUGCAUACGGUGGAUAUUUAAUUAUUCUCGUGGGAACAUUCUUUGGAAUUAUUAUGGGAACUGGUGUAGAGCGUCGUAUAGACAUGUUCUACUCAGUGGUCGGUUGCAUCUUAUUCAUCAUCGCCGGUGCUCUGAUCCUCGACCACUUUGCGAAUUCAGUUUACCGUGGUUCUCUCCGCGACACGGGACUGGCUAAAGGUUGCAUCAGCAUCGUCGGGGGAAUUUUAUUUUUGGUAGAUGCAAUACUUGUGUUCCGAGGAGAAGUCUAAAAUACAGAAUAAAUCGUUGAAUAUCAGGAACCACGCAAUGGUCGAUUCAUUUUCUAGAGUACAAUCAUACAAUAAUGAAAAACGAAUAAAAACUUCUUCAAAAUUGUAGGAAUUGAAUUUCACGAAGAAGUCUUUAUUCUCAAAAUCUUAGACAAAAUUGGUUAGAAUAGAGAAUUAUUCAAUGGUAAAUAAGUACAAACAGAAGUAACAGUUGAAACAAAACAAAAAUUUGUUUUUAAAGAAGUAUAAUUGAGUAACUUGAGUGAAUUUAUGUUGGGUGAGAAAUUUUUUAGCAUCUAUAAUAUAUGUAUAUAACAUAAGAAUUUUCAAAUGUACUCGAAUGCUUAACACCAAAAAUUUUUAAUAAAAGAUUUACGUAAGUACCGCAUUACAAAAUUUGAAGAAAAUUGAUUAUUUUUAAUUCUAAUUUGGUUACAAGUCAAUGGUUAAAAUAACUUAUUAAAUCUUCUUCAAAUUUUGCAAUAUAUUAAUAAUUAUACCUCAACUUUAUAAAAAUAUUUAUUUUUAUAAAAAUUUAUAGAAUUUAUAGGAUUUUUGCUUGUAAAAUUUUCGUUUGAAUAAUUUCACAAUCCGCUGUAUUUGUUCAGGGAAAAAUUUCUUUCCUUAAUGCUUACUACGACAUUUGUAUUUAGCGAGAAAAUAUAUAUGUAUAAUAUUCAUUUAUGUCUUUUUUUCAAAUUCGAAUGUAAAAUGUCGGAAGUAUAGCAAAAUAUCAUUCUAGAAUAAAUGGUAGUCCGUCUCUAAUCUAUGUAAGUGAAAGCGCUGUAAUCAUGACUGUUACACAUAAAUUAAAUCAUGACCAUGGCGCCAUA